UAAAGCCCUCUAUACAUCUUCCACGUUAUAAUAUAUCCAUAUUCUAUACAUAUAUCCCGUCAGAUCCAACCUCCUAAAGACCGCUCUUUUACCGCUUUAUAUUUUUAAGACCAAAAUCAUACUUAACCACUAAGCUAUCUGACACCUACAUAUACACUCACCAGUUUCCAUAACAACAUAUUACGAGAAGUCGGUCGUGGAACAUGGAUCAAGAAAAUAAGUUUGUGGAGGAUUUCUUCGGGUCGAUACCAGAAGGGUUUGUAGCCAAGGCUUUGUCGUUGACCAGCCCUGGAGAUGCGUGCAGGUUGUCGUUGGUGUGUUCGGUUUUUAGGUCGGCCGCCGAAUGGGACGCCGUGUGGGAGAGUUUCUUGCCGCCGGAUUAUCACAAGAUUGUAACGCAGGACGAGAACGCCGGUUGUUCGUCCUUCGGUUCCAAGAAGGACUUGUAUCUUCGGCUUUGUGAUCACCCCUUCAUCAUCGAUGGUGGCAAUAAGAGCUUCUCACUGGACAAACGGACCGGUAAGAAAUGUUAUAUGUUAGCCGCAAGAGAUUUAUCGAUAGUUUGGGGCGAUACACCACGGUAUUGGAGAUGGAUUUCAUUACCCGAAUCGCGGUUUACCGAGGUGGCAGAGCUCAUAAGUGUUUGCUGGUUUGAAGUGCAUGGCAGGAUCAGUACUUCAAUGCUAUCGCCAAACACUGUUUACGUAGCGUUUAUCGUGUUCAAAUCGACUUCAGAAACUCAUGGGUUCGAGUACCAACCAGCAGAGGUUUCGAUUGGGAUAAGUGGGCUGGAGACCCAGACCCAGACCGUGUUUCUUGAACCCGAAGGUGAGCAGAGAAGGCGGUAUCCAGUAGUGCCUAGAAGGCGAAUGGGAAUGUACCAUAGAGGUGGUGUCGCCUAUCCGAAUCUGAACCAGAACCAGAACCAGAAUGUUACUGCGCAAGUGAACCCGAGCGUGAAUGGCAACGGGCCGAGGCAAAGGGAAGAUGGAUGGAUGGAGAUUGAGCUUGGUGAGUAUUUGAUCAAGGGAGGGGAGGAAGGUGAAUUGGAAAUGAGUAUGACAGAAGUGAAAGGAGGAAAUUGGAAGGGUGGGCUUGUGAUUCAAGGGAUUGAGAUUAGGCCUAAGCCUUGUAAAACUUGAGUCCUUUCUUGUUCUUUUUCCUUUUUUUUUUUUUUUUUUGAAAUUUGGUGGAAAAUUAAUUUCAAUUAAGUUUGAUUCAGUUGGUUAGGAUUGCAGAGUAGAGACUUCAAAAUUGUCUUAUUAAUUUUCAUUGUGUUUAUAUAUCACUUUGUAUGUUCAUUAUUUUAGUCCAUGUGGUUUGGGUCUGUUUGCUAGUUUAGUCCAAAAGUUUUAUUUUUCGUCGGUA